AUGGAUGUUUCGAGGACGAAAGGGAAGAAAAACGUGCUGAUGAAGGCCUGGGAAAGAUGCAGGUCGCUGGGGAAUACAGCAGGCAAGAAACCAUCAGAUACUCCAUCUCCAUUGAUGAGAAAGAGCAAAUCAUGUCAUGUUUUCCCAACCAUUGAAGAAGACGAAGACAGAAAACAGAAGAAGAAGAAGAAGGACAAGUGCUUUGGUGUAGAUCCGGAAGGUUGUUUUUCAGUCUACGUGGGACCCCAGAGGCAAAGGUUCGUGAUCAAGACACGGAUGGUGAAUCAUCCAUUGUUCAAGUUGUUGCUUGAAGAUGCCGAGCUCGAAUAUGGGUUCGGCGGUGAAGGUCCUCUUCUUCUUCCUUGCGACGUCGACUUGUUUUAUAGAGUUUUGGCAGAGAUUGAUGAUAAUGGAGAUGGAGAGAUGAGUCGUUUUGUUUGCGGAUUUGGUUAUAGUCCUUGUCGUAAUCGUUCAAGAAGCAUCAAUAAAGGAUAUGGAUCGUAUAAGCUUCUUUAUUCAUCUCCCAUGAUUAAAUUGAAUAGUAAUUAA